CUCCUCCUUCUCACCCUACUUUGCCGGGGGCACCCGGUGCCCAGCGAGUCCCUUUCCCAAACCUCCUGGGAGAAGGGGCGUGGGAGGAGGGGAAGAAAGUUACAAGGAGCUGCAAAGGGGGUGGUGUGGUAGGAAGAGGAGAAAUAAAGACACCAGACAGAGGGACACACACACACACACACACACAUGCCAACAGAGACUGAGACAGAGAGACACAGAGACAGAGACUAACUCACUGAGUCAGAAAUACAAGAGAGGCACAAAGACAGAAGAGAAAUAAACAGAAAAUUGGACACCAGAGAGACACAGGAAGGACAGACUGAAAGGGAGACAGAGGGGAGAGAGAAGCCAGGGCAGAGCGUGCCAGCUGGCGGGAUGGAGGGUCGCCUGGCCUGGGGGAGCUCAGUUGUUCGGACGGGAGUCACCCAGCUGAAGGCCGGCAGCUUCCAGAGGGUCCCCACGCUACACCUACUCCUCUUCACGUCCAACUCCUUCUCCGUGAUCGAGGACGACGCCUUUGCUGGCCUGUCCCACCUGCAGUACCUCUUCAUCGAGGACAAUGAGAUCGGCUCCAUCUCUAAGAAUGCUCUCAGAGGACUUCGCUCACUCACCCACCUGAGCCUGGCCAAUAACCAUCUUGAGACCCUCCCCAGAUUCCUGUUCCGAGGCCUGGAGACCCUGACUCAUGUGGACCUCCGCGGGAACCCGUUCCAGUGUGACUGCCGUGUCCUCUGGCUGCUGCAGUGGAUGCCCACCGUGAACGCCAGCGUGGGGACCGGGGCCUGUGCUGGCCCUGCUGCCCUGGCCCACAUGCAGCUCCGCCACCUCGACCCCAAGAUGUUCAAGUGCAGAGCCAUAGAGCUGUCCUGGUUCCAGACGGUUGGGGAGUCAGCUCUGGGCGUGGAGACUUUCUCCUACCAAGGAGAGCCUCACAUCAUCCUGGCUCAGCCCUUUGCAGGCCGCUGCCUGAUCCUCGCCUGGGACUACAGCCUGCAGCGUUUCCGGCCUGAGGAAGAGCUGUCAGCGCCCUCAGUGGUGUCCUGCAAGCCGCUGGUGCUGGGUCUGCGCUUCUUUGUGCUGGCUGCUCGCCUGUGGGGAGGUUCCCAGCUGUGGGCCCGGCCCAGCCCGGACCUGCGUCUGGCCCCGAUGCAGGCUCUGGCCCCGCAGCGACUGCUGCGGCCCAAUGACGCCGAGCUCCUGUGGCUGGAUGGGCAGCCCUGCUUCGUGGUGGCUGAUGCCUCCAAGGCAGGCAGCACCACACUGCUGUGCCGUGACGGGCCAGGCUUUUACCCGCGCCAGAGCCUGCACCCCUGGCACCGGGACACGGAUGCCGAGGCGCUCGAGUUGGACGGCCGGCCCCAUCUGCUGCUGGCCUCCGCCUCACAGCGGCCGGUGCUCUUCCACUGGUUUGGGGGCCGCUUCGAGAGGCGCACAGACAUCCCCGAGGCUGAGGAUGUCUAUGCCACACGCCACUUCCAGGCUGGUGGGGAUGUGUUCCUGUGCCUGACACGCUACAUCGGGGACUCCAUGGUCAUGCGCUGGGAUGGCUCCAUGUUCCGGCCGCUGCAGCAACUUCCCUCGCGGGGUGCCCACGUCUUUCAGCCACUGCUUAUUGCCAAGGACCAGCUGGCUAUCCUGGGCAGCGACUUUGCAUUCAGCCAGGUCUUCCAUCUUGAGCCUGACAAGGGGCUCCUGGAGCCACUGCAGGAGCUGGGGCCCCCAGCCCUGGUGGCCCCCCGUGCCUUCGCUCACAUCACCAUGGCGGGCAGACACUUCCUCUUUGCAGCUUGCUUCAAGGGCCCCACACAGAUCUACCAGCAUCAUGAGUUAGACCUAAGUGCCUGAGACGACCGUGGACACAGCUGCUGUGUGGAGUCCUAGUCUUCUGGACAUCCCCCUGUCUGGACUCCUGGCCGUACUUGGGUGAAGUCUGCUCCUGGGAGAUACUGACCACAGGCCAAGUUUAAGGCAAGAGCUGCACUUUCAGUCUUAAGCAACAUCUUUGCUGGGGGGCAGAUACCUGCCCACCAAGGGUGACUUAGGGGCUCAGGCUAGGGCACUAAAGGGAGCCGGAAUACAGAAGUCAUAGUGGGGGCAAUGUGCAGAGCUCCAUGAGGUCUGGAAGCACCCCUCUCAACCCAGUCCCACCCCUCCUGCUCCCUGUGAAGUACAGAAGAGACAGCUUCCUUCUUCCCUCUAAACUCAAUUCCACCAAUCGCUUUUUGUACCCUCCUCCAUGACGUCACCAGUCGCUGGGCGGUGUGCCCUGCAGGGCUUACUAACUUCCUUUGCUGCUUGGACUAGUGCCUGUUGCCAAGGGGGAAGCCUAGCGUGCCAUCCGUUUUGCGCGUGCGCGGGGGAAGGA